UGAAUGCGCGGCACGUGUUGGCUCGCACCAUGUGGACUGCUUGCACGCGGAGGCGAUUCUGGUAAUAAAAGAAACGUGAGAGGACAGCUAGCAGACGAAAAUAGUCUCAUCCGGGCAUGUUUGACGUCAGGUCGUCUGCACAAGUGAAGCCAGCGGAAGGUCGUUAUAUAUUAUCGGUACAGGCCAGUCUGUUGUGCCUUUUUAAGUACGAUUUCUUCGCCUGAGGCAGAGGAAUGGGAGCAGGACUUGCCAGGCUGCAGAGAAUGCUCGUUAAUCAAAUGCAAUCAUUCGUCGCAACGUCAUCUCCAAUUUUAACAGAGAGCACGUGGACUUUAUUAGACUGAACAUUUUCGAACAUCAUUUUUGUUUUUAUUUAAACAUCAUCUUUGAUAACAACAGUGAAAAACAACAGCAUCAAACGUUAAAUUAAAAAAACUUGGAGCAACUGAUAUACAGAAGACAAAAAGAUGGAGUGGAAUAUCAUGGAACCAGGCAGCUCCAGUGCCUUAGGCGUUGGUAGCUUGGUCGAAGAUGUCUACCUACCAGCUGAUGACUGUGAAGAUGUUUUGGAUGAGGUAAUCACAAAUCUUGCUAAAGAGGACCCCAAGUUGAGAAAUGGAAGGCGGAAACUAGCUUUUGACAAAAUUGUUGAAAAGGAUCUUGUGCCACUCAUCAAAUCCUGUGUGGAUGAAGACAUCUUUGCACGAGCAGUCAGGCUGUUGGCCAACUUGUCUCAGCCCCUGGAUGUCUUUCUGCAGUUGAAUAUACCGCUCAGUCAGCAGUGUCAGAAGGAGAUCAUGGCCCUUGUAGACAAUGCAAAAGCCUGUUGCUCAGACAUCGACUUCUUUAAGAGUCUUCAUUCCAUGAUGGUGCAAACUUUAAAUAAGAGCUGCAAGUUGCAGUUUGCUGAUUGCCAGAUGCUGAAUCACUGCAUUCUCCUGCUUAGAAACCUCUUGCACACCAGUGGGCCUGUCUGUGGUGACAUGCCUGUAUCCUAUUCAUCCAUUACCCUUCAGUCUUUGCUCAGCUCAUUCUUUUUGUCAGAAAUGGACAAACUGGUUCUUCGGCUGCUGAACCAUCCACAGAAGGAAGAGUGGGUGGUCUCUGUCGUUCAGCUGUUAUCUUUGGUCUUUAAAGAUUACGCUGGUGUUCUAUUGGAUGGUGAGAGUGAUGAUGAGGAGCUAGAAGAGGAAGAGGAGGACAGAUCAGAUGGUGACGGAGCAUCAGAAAUUUUUGAGUUCUUGCCAUCCCAGACAUCACAUGGUCUGUCAAAACAUUUUGAUGAGCAGCUUCAUUUGAACAAUACUGUAACAGAUGACAUGCAGACCGGUUCCUGUGUUGAUGCUGAUAAUAACAGUGAGAAACAUUUUGAGUGUACAGCUAAUGCGACAGAAGAUAAAAAUGGGCAGCACUUUACCACUUCACGAGAAGCCAAAGACAAAAUAAUGCUAGUAGAUGAGGAGGAAGACAGCAGAUUCUUUGUGAAACCAGACCCCAUAACUUUGGCAGAAGGGUGCACAAGGAUCAGUCACAUUCAAAAUGAGGAGGACAUGAGUUUAUCCGAUGAAAGCAUGAGAAAAGACAAAUCUGACUCUGGUUUCAAAUCAGGGGAAAGCACUUCUCAUGGUGGCUCACAGGAAAACCUGGAAGAGAGAGAGUGUUAUCCUGAUAAUGAUAGUGCAGAUGGUGCAGAAAUGUUUCAGAAAGGAGACAGGAAACAUGAAGAUGAAAAAGACAUCUCACAAAUAUCUGCUAUGGUGUGGGAAAACUUCCAGAAAAAUCUUGCCACAGAAAAGGAGAUUGCCUCAGAACUGUCCUCGGGGUCAUGUCUUAUGGAUGUGGACAUUAUCAUAUCAUAUCUUCGACAGUUUGCUACAGAAAUUGUGACUUCAGGACUGAGCAGUCUUGUCAGAGGACUGAUGAAAGCACUAAUGAGCAGCUAUGAAGACAUACUGGAUGAUUCAUUCUUUAUGUGGACUGUGGGCUUUUUUAUCAGCUAUGCUCGCCACAGCAACAUGGAACUGGAUAAAUUUAAGGAUGUCCUCAACCUAGAUGUAUUUGGAUUCCUGAUUUACCAGGGGUUCCGCAACUGUGAAAACCUUGUCAUCCAACACCAGAGACAGGAAAAAUGUUCUUUGAUAAAAUACAGGUUGCAUCUGGUUGUGUGCACACUGAACCAGAUGUUCCAAGUGAUUCUUGCCAACUCUAAGCGAGAUCUGAAGGAAGGAUCUUAUCUGCAAACACUACAGAGAUGCCUGGCGCAGAUGGGUGACCUCCAACAAUUGUUCAUCUUGCUGAUCCGCACACAUCAGCAACCACUACAAGAUCUAGUGUAUCUGCGUGAUCUUGUGCACACCAACCAUAUCUUCCUACUGUUGCUAGAGGACUGGGUCUGUCGCGGCUUCCUGCCACACAAGUUCUCCAUGCUGUCCCACAUACGACAGUAUGCCACAGUAACUGUCAUGCGCAAAUAUGGAAGUUUGCUGGAACAGUACAGUAACAACAAGGAGAGUCUGAAUGUCGCUGUGCUGACAAUGAUGUACCAUGUGGCUGGUGACUGUAGCCGCUGUGAUGUACUGCUGCAGCUGCCCAUCUUAAAAGCUUUUUGUGAAAUCUGGGGAGAUGUCACAUUCAGUAAAUAUGUGGAGUUCAAUGACCUGAUUGAGUAUGUCCUGGAGACAUUCAUGUCCAUGGCCUUUGAAGACCCAAUGAAGUGUGCACAAAAUCUGUUUGGCUUAACUGCUAAAGAUGUGGAAGCUAUCCAGGCCUCAGAGGAUUCAGAGAAAGACAAAGUGACAAGCAGCUCAACAAAAGCAGCUCCCACCAGCAGCACUGGGCGAAGCUUUGGCAGUGAUGGGGUUAAACCCACCGGUCCCCUGACCAGGGAGGAACAAGAUCUCCUCUUUACUUGGAUGACUGAUGCCCAUGGCUCCGCCAGCAUAGUUGAUGAUCUUCUCAAGCACUUAAAGAACCAUGGCUCCUCGGCCACAAGACAGCAGGUGAUACUUCAUCUACUAACCAAUGGCUGGCUGGAAGAGAAACAGGUCGAAAAUCUGUCAGAGGAGAUUAAAGAGCUGAAGACCAAAGACAUGGUACACUCAAGCAGGAAAGAAGAGCUGCUGGCUGGGCUUCCAUCGUUUGAAUCCGAUCAGCUUCUGCCUUUCUUGAUAGAAAAGAUCAAGGGCUCAGGGUUUCAGCCACAGUUGUGCUGGCUUCAAGAACAGCUGCUGGAGGCUGCGUACAUACGACUCGGUGUUCGUGAUGCCAAGUACCGUGUUUAUGUUGAAGAACCAAUUGCCAGAUUCUUCACAUUGCAGGACAAGUCCAUCCCUUUGGUAACUGUGAGCGAAGAGCAGGAGAUGGCUAUGCGUGAUCCUUACUUUAGCAUUUUGCUACAAAGCCUGGGUUUGUUCCUUGCUGAUGACACAAACUCACUCUUCUGCCGCAUUCCUCACUUCCUGACACCUUCUGAACUCAUACACAAAGCCCAGCAGAUUGGAGAAAUUGGCACUGAUUCUGUUAAAUUUGAUCUCGCCGAAGUCCAAGAUGAUCCUAGCUACACCGAGUUCACUCCAUUUGAACAUCCUUUACCAGGCAAAGUUGAGGGAACGGCUCAUCUGAUCAAGUUACCUGCAAAAGAUCAAUCUCAUCAGUGGCUCAGUUUUGUCUGCUACCUCAACAACACAAAGAUUUUAACAGUGUGAAAUACUGUGUGCCACAAGUGUGAGAAAUGUAUGCAUUUGUAUGAUAAAAGAUGUGCAUGAUGUGACUGGAAAGAAAUAAAGAAAUAAAAUAUUU